CUCUAAGCUUCCCUCGCAUCCUGCGCGCCUAUUUGCUCCGUCGCAACCUGCCUGGAGGAGCAGCAGCGUACCGUGCCGGCGAUCCUUGAGGCGGCAGCGUCCACACCUCACGCCCAGAUCACGCACCCUCGUACUACCUCGACCCCGCAACUCCUCUCGCCGCGCCCUUGCUCGAGACACUCUGUAUUCAUAGCUGCAGACAGAGGCGACGGGUGUCUCUUCACCAUGACGCGAGUGGUAGUGUACGCCGUGAGCUUGGUCUUCACCAUUGCUUGCACCGUCAUGACGAUUGCCAGCAUCGCCAUGCCGCGAUGGGUCAGCUAUAGUCCGAACGGCGAGCGCGAGUACUCGUACGGCCUCCACAGCCGCUGCUCGGCCGUCACCGGUACCUGCGUCCCUUUUCCUCGCGACAGCGACUGCGCAAAGGAUGCGUCCUUCUGCAACAUGUGGAGGACCGUGGGAUUCUUGACGUCGUUUGGCGUCGUCGUCGAGCUGUGCACACUGGUCUCAUUCGUAGUCAUCAUGGCAGGUGGCGUGCAGCGCAGAGUGCAGGGAUGGGGGAUAGUGGCCUCUGUGCUGCUCUUCAGUGCUUUCGUUCAGUGCGCAGGCAUGGCUAUCGUGGCCUUCCUCUUCGACAACGACUCUCGCUUCUGGAGCGGCUGGCACCUCGACGCGUCCUGGUCUCUCUGUACAGCAUCCUGGAUCUUACUUGUGUUGACAAGUCUGGGCAUCGCAGCCUCAUCCAUAUACCUCCCAUACGAGGGUGACUACGAGUUCAUACCUGACCAGUCCCAACUUGAGCCUGACGACAGGCUUUUGUCGCGAAUCGCGGCGUGGGACAACGGGUACAAAGGCGAUGCGCAUGAGUACUCAUAUCAACGAGAUCAGGAUGCCCAGAGCAUUACAAGUUUUGUCAGCGAGCAAAGUCGACGAUGAAACGAACAAACACAAAAUGUGCGAGACUGUGAGAUGAACAACGACCAAAUGUCAGGCACAAUCACAAAUUGACCCUGAUUUAGGGUGGUAGUCUCAGUCACGUGUUAUUGAUGUUACUUCCUGAGCAUGUAGAUUGUUAUUCCAUUUUUUCCGAUACCCAUCAGCUGGUCACGCUGUAGGGUUUAAUAGUUUUAUAAUUGCGUAUUUCAUAACAGAGAACAUGCAAUGAAUUGAUGGUUGAACGAUGUGUAGCAAAAAUAGGAAAUAAAAGCAUAACGUUAGGUACCGCCUAGCAUUCCAUGCAGACACUUGCUAGAGGGUAGUCACGUGCGCUAGUGUGGAAGUAUAUAUACUAAAAGGGCUACACCAAGUAAGUAGCAGG